AAGUCCUAUCUGCGAGUUACCUGGUGGUCCUGUCCUAACAGGAGAAGAGAUAUGAGACCUGGCUGUCGGGUAGCCUGGAUGGUCAUGAUUUUCGUUUUCUCAUGUCAUUCUCUUGAAGAGAGGAAAUGAUUGUAGUGGAACGUGUUACAAAUAAGCCACUGAUACGGAGCCUUCACAGUUCCGAAACGUUCAUAGAAGAGCAAAUAUAGCCCUUUUUUGUUUGUGUUCUGGAAUCUGUCUUGUUAAAAAGGGAAAUAAAAAUGACGACUUCGUCUAUUAGGCGGCAGAUGAAGAACAUUGUGAACAAUUAUUCAGAGGCCGAAAUAAAAGUUCGGGAAGCGACCUCUAAUGACCCCUGGGGUCCCUCCAGUUCAUUAAUGACUGAAAUAGCAGAUCUGACUUACAAUGUUGUGGCCUUUUCUGAAAUUAUGAGCAUGAUCUGGAAACGACUGAAUGACCAUGGCAAGAACUGGCGACACGUAUACAAGGCCCUUACUCUGUUAGAUUACCUGAUUAAAACUGGUUCCGAGAGAGUGGCACAGCAGUGUAAAGAGAAUAUUUUUGCUAUCCAGACGUUGAAAGAUUUUCAGUAUAUUGAUCGAGAUGGUAAAGACCAGGGCAUCAAUGUGAGGGAGAAAUCCAAGCAGCUAGUGUCUCUUCUGAAGGAUGACGAGCGACUCAAGACAGAGAGGGCCCAAGCCCUGAAGACCAAAGAACGCAUGGCUCAGGUGGCCACCGGAGUGGGUAGCAAUCAGAUCACCUUCGGCCGAGGCUCCAGUCAGCCAAACCUAUCCACCAGCUACUCAGAGCAAGAAUAUGGAAAGUCUGGAGGAUCCCCAGCAUCUUACCAUGGCUCUACAUCCCCUCGAGUUUCCUCGGAGCUCGAGCAGGCCCGGCCUCAGACAAGUGGAGAAGAGGAGCUCCAACUACAGCUCGCGCUGGCAAUGAGCCGGGAAGUGGCGGAGCAGGAGGAGCGCCUCAGACGCGGAGAUGAUCUGAGAUUACAGAUGGCUCUGGAGGAGAGUCGCAGAGACACAAUUAAAAUUCCCAAAAAGAAGGAGCAUACCACUUUGUUGGACCUAAUGGAUGCCCUGCCCUCGUCGGCACCGGCCCCGCAGAAAACAGAACCUUGGGGACCUCCUGCUGUUGCAAACCAAACUGAUCCCUGGGGAGGAUCCACAGUUGCAGCCACUGCCUCUGACCCAUGGCAAUCAUUUGGUGCCAAACCAGCUGCUUCCGUUGACCCUUGGGCAGCACCAGCAGGAUCCACAGCUCAGUCUCUGUCCAAAAAUGUUGACCCUUGGGCUCCUGCUCAGCCAUCUUCUACUGCAGCAAAAUCUUCUGUGGAUCCCUGGGGACCAGCACCUGCAAACAAACCUCUCUCUACUUCUGCUGAAUCAGGUUCCACUUUGCCAUCUCAGCAUAGCGGUACCACAAGCCCUGAUCUCUUUGAUUCCCAGCACUCAAGCAUGCCAUCAGGCAAACAAAGUGCAGCUCGGAAAACCCCUGAGUCUUUUUUGGGCCCCAAUGCUGCCUUGGUGAACCUGGAUUCACUGGUGUCUAAGCCGCCACAACCUGUUACUUCACUGAAUCCAUUCUUGGCACCAGGCGCCGCUACAGCACCAACUCCAAUCAACCCCUUCCAAGUGAAUCAGCCUCAGCCACUCACUCUAAAUCAGAUGAGAGCGAGUCCUGUGAUGGGAACCAGCCCUUCUUUCAGUGCUGUGCCACCGAUAAGCAUGGAGCCAAUACCUCUGUCUUCCAUGGCCCCAGUGCCUGUGGGAAUGGCACCGAUACCAGCUAUGGGCACUGUGGCAUCUAUAACAAGGAUGGGCCAGGGGCUGAACGUGAGCAUUGCAGGAUCAAUGACCCAACCUCUUCACAGUACAGGGAUCCCGCCGUCAGCAUCCCAGUCUACAAAUACAACUAACCCUUUUCUCCUAUAAAGACCCAAUUAAAGGAACUUUCUUUUCAUAGUGUUUCCAGGCUGAAGUCUUUACAGCAAAAUGAACGUGGCCUGUGUGGACUGAACGGUGUGUAAGAGACUUGGAAGUAGAUUUGCAGUUUACAGUUAUGAUCUUUGAAGAGUUGUCUCUACUUACCAGUUAAUCUAAAUCUAGUCUUUGCUACAGAUGGUACCUUACUUUGGCUUGUUGAGCAUUAUGUGAAAUGUUCAGACUUUUCACCAAAGUUAGAUUCUGCCCAUUUUGUUACUUUGUUAAUCAUUUCAAUACACUUUCUAGGGAGAACCUGCCAUUUUAAACUCCGUUGGCUAUUUUGUAGAUGUCAGAUGAUGUGCUGGAUCCUGAAAUUACUAUUUACCUGCAUCUGUCACUUCCUAUGCCCAUAUGAUAGACCUGAGAUUCAGAGUGCUAGUGAAUGUUUUGCACAUAACUAUACACAGUUCUAGACUGUUGGUUCACCCAUAGUCCUUACUCUUAGAAGAGAACGAUUCGGAGGGCCCAGGUGGCUGGUUUUUAUGCAUUAAACAUUGCAACGCAAAAUCGCACUGCUUUCUUAUCAGAGGUUUGACCGAGAAAGCAAGCUUGUCUCAAAAGGAAAAAAAAAACAAAACAAAAAACAGACAAAAAGCCCAAGAACAUUCUCAAGUUGUCAAGUAUAACGUGUGCUGUUUUAUGCAGUGUUGAAUUUGUACACUACUCUCUAAGGACUCCUGAGGAACUCUCUGUGAGUGGCAUGCUGCACUCGUGCUGAGUGAGUGUCCUGCUCUGUGCUUGUCCAGUACCAGCUUCGUUUGGAAGUUAUCAUGUGUAUUUUGUUUUUAUUUGACUUACAAUGUGAGUUGAAAGAAAAAAGAAAUACAGUGGGACAACUUUGAAUUCAGUUUCACCGGGGCAAGCUUUAAAACUAAUUCAGGCUUAACCUUGCUAUAUGCAGUUACUCUUGUAUACUUUUGCACAUAUUUUGUUUAGUACAGUUUCAUAUUUGAGUUUGCAGAGUUACCUAAUAGUCCUUUUUUUGCUAAUUUUUAUAAUGUGGUUCUUAUUUAACUGUCUGGUUUUGAUAGAUUUAUCAAGUCUGGCUGAAAAAUUAAGAUAUUGGCAAAUGUCAUUUUUAUGGUUUUAAUGCCCUCUUAUUUAUGGUUUUAGCUCUUCGUUUCUGUAAAGAGAGUUUAAAAGGGAAGAUUAACAAUAAAAUAUUUACUUUUAAAUGAAGUAUUCAUAAUGCAAAUCAAAACAAAUUCUCGUGACUAAUUAUUUUUAGAUGAAUUAGAUUUCAGCAUAACGUGAUUUAAGACUACAUUAAAAAGAAAAAACACUAAAGUCGCCUUCCCCUUGAUUUGUUCCCGUUUCCCGAUUACCAAAAUGGACAGACGUUUAGCCUUUAUGAAGAUUGGAAGAGAGGCUGGUUUUUCUUGUAAUACUUGAGAUGUUAAAAGUUCUAAUGUGCAAACACGACUCAUUAAUUUCAUUGACUAAUUUUUCUUAAUGAAAGGUGCACCCCAUAUUAAUAACCGGUUCCAUUUACAACUAUUAAUUGUAAGCUGAACUGUACAUUUUAACUUGCAUGUCUGGACUCACCGGCACUAAACCGCGCUCAGGUUUCAGCCAGUGUUUCUGGUGGAAACCUGGCCUUCUCAAAGAUGGCAACGUUUCUGAGCUCUGCUUUCACAAGCAACGACGCAAACGUCCGCAGAGCGCGUGGAAAGGGAUGUCCCAGUGCUUGCUACUGCCUUGAGGGCAUCUCUGUGAAUGAACUGAUGCAUCUUGGUGGCCUUUCCCUAAUUAGAAGGGGGUUGGGGGGGUUGGGGGAACAAGCAAACAAACAAAGAAGCUGAAAGAAAUUGCCAGAGUUGUGUGUUCUGGUGUAAUGAUGCUGUAGUUGGGACUGUGCCAGUCUAGGGUCGCGUGCCGCAGGAAGGAGGGGCUGGCUAACGUGGAAGGGACUGGGUUGUAUCUUUGGGUGGGUAGGGGAGGCUGAGAGACUAUCAAAUCUAGGGUACAAUCACAGAUCUUAGCUGUGUAGGUCAGUGUAGCUCUAUUAGUAUACGGAAUGCUAAAUGUGUGGAUGUUUCUAUGCAGAUUGUUCUAUCCUCUUGAAUACUAUUGAAUUUGCAAGUAGGAUUCAGAAUAUUCAUCUGCUCUUGUUUUUACAUAGGAGGAAAGAGAAUUACUGUCCACACCCAGUAUGUCUUUAAAAAAAAAAAAACAAACAAAAAACCAUUCAUGUUGCCUUUCAGAAUAAGGAAAAAUACUUUACUUUUUUGUUGUUGUUGAAGUUACUGAAAAGUGUAGACCAGGAAGGGUGCGAUUCUUGCAGAUGGGGGGGGGGGGGGGGGGGUUUUGAGUGCUUUCCAAUUGAUCUGUGGCAAGAUUUAUCCUUCAUUAUUUUUCCAAUUUAAUUUUAUCCACAGUGGGAUUGAGGUCACUUGAUGUUUUUCCCUUAGUCUGUCACCUGAAUGCAUUUGCAACAGUUAGAUGGGGCAUUGUCUAUUCAGCCAGAAAGUUCUAACCGCAUCCUCUCGUUAAACACUAGGUAACUGUUUCUGGAGGCAAGAUGGGGUUGAUAGUGAGCAUUUAAGAUGAUGAAGUCAUCUACAGUUGAGAGUCAUGAUCUGUCACCGUGAAUUGAUAGAGAUGGGCUGUUGGUCUGGUAGGAAGCCCUAGCUUAAUGAAACUGCUGAAUGGCAAAUUGUUGCUUUUACCAAGCCACUUCUGUAAGAGCUGUGUUACUUUUACAUUUUUUUUUUAUAUAUAUAUAUAGACCUAUAUCGCACAAUAAACCAUGACAAGGCACUCUGAAGAGCCAUCGGCCCAGACUGUGGUGCUGUAAAGCAUUAGGCUAAGGACUAACCGUGCCGAGGUUCCCAGCCUGAGCCGGGGCUUGCGGCAGGAGCCGGGUUGAAGAGGGUAAGCAGCCGGUUUGGUAAAUCCGCUCGGUUCCUGGGCUGGAGCCGUGCCCGUGUCUCAGGUGCCCUGCAGGCGUGGGGUGCUGUAGCGGUGACGCUGAACGGUGGUUGCUGUCCUAGCCAGGUGAAGCUUCAGUUGUGUCCAGAAUGGUAAAUCUCUUUUUGCGAUAAUUUUAACUGCUCUCCAGAAUAAUUCCUCCUCCCUCCCCGCCCUCCCGCUUCUUUUUGCACGGAGGACGUGUGCGUAUCCGAUCGCAUCUGCUCUGGCGUAUUUCUCCAAAUGCAUUUCCCGCUUCCCCUUCUUUUCUCACUUGCAAAUAUUAAAAGUGCUUUUGAUUUUUAAAAUGUUAGUAUCCCAAAAUAGCCUUACUGGUCAAAUUGACCAAAGAUAAAGUGUUAAAUAUUUUGUAAAAAAAAAAAUAAAAAAAAAAUCUUGGCAUAAUUUUAAACCCAAAAUAAGCUCAGUUAUUUAUUCAGUUUUAUACUAUAUAGAAACUAAACUACAUUGAGGGGACAGGGAAGGAAAACCAUGGUGGGUUGUGGUGUUUACAGUCUUUUUGAAGUCCCGUAGCUAAGACGACUAUUGUUAUCCAUCUUCCCUUUUGCUGUUACAGUUUCUAAUGUGUACUGUAUGUAUUAAUAUUGCACAAAUUGUGGAGAAAUAUAUGGUUUAUUUUUCACAGCAGAAUCUCACAAGACUCACUUCCUUUACAAGUGUUACAAUUUAAAUAUUUACCAAACUUGUUUUCAUAAUACUGGGAGCCGGCUGCUUUUUAUGAAUUUGUGCUGACUAUUGACAUUAUUUACUGUAUAAAUAAUUUAUCAUUUGUACUAUUGUAUCAUAAUGUCUGUAUCUUUGUGUCAUUUUUCCCGAGCGAUGUCACAAAUGUGAUAUUUAAUAAUGCCAUCAGAACAGUGGAAAGACAAGGGGUUUGUAGGUGACUGGUCAGAAUUAAAACUGUAUUGCUUAUAUUCCAGCCGUGUUGCUUUUUCAAGACUCUGCGUAGUGUUUAUAAUCCCGUUCAAAAAAAAAGAAACCUGUCGCUGCCAUGCUUGAUUUCGUUUACAAGAAAGUUGAUGGAUCGCUUGAGGUGAUUUAAGGUUUGUGCUAAAACUCCUCGGUGCUAGGAGAAAUCUAACCGUUAUUGAGAGUAAUGCUUCUUGUACAUUGUCAAUGUGAUUUCUUCGAUGCAUUCAUCACUUCCCUGGGGCAGGCCUGCUCUUACUGUGAGAAAGGAGGGUUUCUUAUAGAUCACUUAAAUCGGAAUCAGUUGAGACCUUACUAACUCAAUAAAAAUGAAGACUUGU